CAUUCACCUCCUUACCUUAAUUACUGCUAUUGCUUUUCUUCAAUUCAACAGUAAACGUAGAACCUCUUUCUGGUGUAUAUUUUUUAGAUUCGGAUUUGAAACCCAGUUGUGGUUAGUUUUCAGAAGAAAACGCCUAUUCGUUUGGGGAUCAAGGAUUCCUGAAGCAUGACGUCAAGCACGGAGGCAUUGCUCCUUGAAGCCAAGAACCUUGAGAUGCAAGGCUUAGAGAAGCAUAAAAUUGCUCUGGCUUCUGCUUCUAGUCUUGAUGAAAUGCUUAAUGAGGUUUACAACAGUCGCUCACCAAAACCAAUUGAUUACGAUAAUCGAAGAGAUUUGGUUCGCAUCUUCAAUGUCAUGGCCAAGGAGAUUUAUGGAAAUUGUAAUGGUUUUCCAAUUGUGGAGGUAUUUGGUUCUUUUGUAAUGGGCAUGUUCAAUGCUGAAAGUGAUUUAGACUUAUCUAUCAAUUUUACGAAUAAUGGGGCUAAGGUUUCUAGAGUGAAGAAAAUUAAGGCCCUUCGCAAGCUGGAAAGAAAGCUGCAUUCCAUUAGAAGAGGAGGUCAUGUUAGUGACAUUCAAAAAAUCCUCUCUGCUAGGGUGCCAAUUGUUAAAGUCCUUGAUUGUGGAACUAUGAUUGAAUGUGAUGUGUCAGUUGAGAAUAGGGAUGGUAUUGCAAAAUCCCUUAUUUUUCGUGCAAUUUCUACAAUCGAUGAAAGGUUUCUGAAGCUUAGUUUCUUGGUAAAAGCUUGGGCCAAAGAUCAUGAUAUUAACAGUUCCAAGGAUCAAACUCUGAACUCUUUAUCAUUAAUAUUAUUAGUUGCUUUUCAUGUACAGACUCGGGAUCCUCCCAUAUUACCUACAUUUUCUGCUUUAUUUAAAGAUGGAAAUGAUCCUGAAGCUGUAGUGAAGAUGGUCCAAAAUUACUUGAAUUAUGGCAUAAGGAAUAAAGGAUCCUUAGCGGAGCUUUUCAUUACUCUAUUGGUUAAGCUUGCUUCUGUUGAACAACUUUGGCAGAAAGGGCUUUGUGUUAGCUUGUAUGAAGGAUUUUGGAUAUCUAAAGCUUGGAAUUCUGAGUUUUGCACUAUUCAUGUCGAGGAUUUCACAGAUCAAUCUCAAAUGUUGCAAGGGCAGUCGGAACUCAAGGUUUUGAAAAAUACAUAGCUCCAUCCUCCGUU